AUGCAGACAUCCUCGCCGACCGCCAUCCACGCCACGAUCCACCUCGCAAUCGACCGCGCCGAGCGCGAGGCUGACGCAGCUACCAAGCAGAGCGAACGGGCAAGAGCGCUCACCGCCAGGGUCGGGCGGACUAGCCUGACGGUCAACAGGGAGUCGGCGAAAACCGAACUGGCGCAUGCGGCCGAGCUGGCGAUGCUCGCCACGUCCGACACCGUAGUGCCAGCCGCGAGGGUGCUCUCCUCGCGCGCCUCCUUCGUCAACCUCACGCGCCCGUCUGGAGCAGGAUCCGCGCACGGCGAGGCGGGUUACGUCGGCGAUCCUUCCGAAGAGAAGGCGUCACUGGCCUCGUCGCUUGUCAACCUGGCCAACACGGUGAUGGGCACCGGCAUCUUGGCCCUCCCCGCAGGCAUGGCCACGGCCGGCCUGGUCCCUGGGCUGGCCAUUCUCGUCCUCACCGCCGCCAUGGGUGGCUUCGCCCUCUUCUGCCUCGGCCGGGCCCAGCUCAAGCUCGGGACGCACCGCCAGUCCUUCACCACGCUGGGCGACACGGUCCGGCCGAGGUUCUCGGUCGUCGUCGAGCUGGCCGUCAUCUGCAACUGUCUGGGCUCGGCCAUCGGCUACCUGAUCGUCGCCACCGACAACCUCCUCAGCAUCUUUGGCACGCCUGGCGGCAGCAGCCUCGUGGACAGCCGCCGGCUCUGGACCGCCGUGUCGGUUGGCAUCGCCGCGCCCCUCUCGCUGCUCAAGACGAUGGACGCCCUUCGGGUCACCUCGGCCCUCGCGGUCGCGAUCCUCGUCGCCGUCGCCGCCCUCGUCGCGGCGGUGUACUUUGAGCCAUCGGACGAGCUCUCCCCGUGCGGCACCGUCGGAGAUGCGAGCUGCGUGGGCGAGAAGCCAAGCUUUGGCGCGUCCGGCUUGGAGACCUUUGCCAAGUUCGUCGUCUUUGCAAACGGCUUCACCUGCCAGCAGUCGCUGCCGCCGAUCCUCUCGGAGCUCGAGGACCCGACGCCCGGCCGGCUGAUGGCACUGAUAUACGGCUCCGCCCGCCCUCCCGCCCUCCCGCCCUCCCGCCCUCCUGUCCUCCAAGCCCGUUCGCAUCCUGCAUCCCAGCCGCGCCGCCGUCCAGGCGGCCUCGCCAUCGUCGUCCCCCUCUACAUCGCAGUGUCCUACUUUGGAUACAUGUCGUUCGGGGCGAACGUCGCCUCAAACAUCCUGAACAGCUACCCGGUCAACCCGUUCACCACGGCCGGCCGCCUUGGCGUCGCCAUCGUCGUCAUCACCUCGUACCCCAUCCAGACCUUUGCGACGCGCAAGUCGUUCGCCAACAUCCUGCGCACGCUGCAGGGCGGCGGCGAGCCGCCAAAGACUCCGCCGUCGGUCUUCAUCAACGACGACCUCGAGCUGCGGACGAUGCUUGUGCUGCUCGCCUUCACGUUUGCCGUCGCACUGGUCGUCACCGACCUCGGCAUAAUGGUCGCGAUCACCGGCUCGACGGGCGCUGCCGCCAUCACCUUCGUCUUCCCGGGCCUCUUCUACUACGUCACGCACGGCGACGAGCCAGGGGUGCUGCGGACAGCGGCCUUCGCGCUCUUGACCUUUGGCCUUGUCCUCAUCCCGACCUCGCUCUCCCUCACGCUCGCGGGAUACUAG